AUGGACCUUGACUGCUCCUUCGCACCCAACACUGUCCGGAACAGACGCGUCGAGCUUCUCCUUGAUCGUCAGCAUCGCAACAAGCCCACUCAGGCUCGACAUAUCAACCAUGUUACCGGGUCAGACACGGAACUGAGGCCUUUCGCACAAGCACCCGCUGGCUCGUCCGGUACUGUCGCUGAGCGAGAGGAUGCUUCUGUGCUUAUAUCUGGCGGCACAGCAUCGCCUGGUGGGGACACCGUACUUGAACACCCUACCGACGCCUCAGCGACUGGUAACUCACUUGAUACCAGUUAUUCCUCUCGAAGCGCUUUCUGCGAGAGCGAUGUUCUGCCGUGGCUCAGCAUUUUCUUUGAUCGACUCUAUUCAACGCUGCCCAUCGUCAACCGCCUCAAUCUGUAUAGGGACAUUAUGCUUCGUCGACAAGACAGAGAUCCGCAUUUCGCGGCAAUGGUCUUGUCGCUCUGCGCACUCACAUUAGUGCAGCCGGUCUAUCGACAGGAGUUUCAGUCUAUGCCAGCACGUGUAGCAAAAGCUGAGGGAAUGCUUCGAGAAGCAACGAACCAUAGGGACAUCACGUUUGGAGAACAAAUCAGCUCCGAGGCUGUCAUUGCGAGUUUCUUCAUGUUUGCAGCUCUAUUUGGUCUUGGCUAUCAUAAGGCGGCGUGGCUGCGCCUGAGAGAAGCAAUCGAGUAUGGGAAGCUCAUCGGUCUGCAUCUGCCCGAGACUUACAAUUCCUUGCCCUCGGAUGAGCAAGGCCAGCGCUUUCGACUACUUCUCAUCCUGACUGUAACGGAGAGGGGUUACGCGCUGCAGCGAAAUCAUUCUAUCACCUUCACUGGCCAAUACAUGGACCGCAUCGAUGAUCUGUACCGACGCAUAGACGGCAACGCUACGAUCAAGAUCUCGAGCAUACUCGUACAUGACAGCCGCGAUGUCGCUGCGAUGCAUGGGCUUUUGCAAUUGAUGAGGUUAUGCGAUGCCGUCGAUGAGUAUGUCAUCCCCUGUUGGAACCGCACCUGCGCCCCUCACAUCGAGACUUGUACAAAGCUUGAUGUUGCUCGAGUGAGCAGUGUGUAUCAUGCAAUUGCUGGGGCGAUGCAUCAAACGAAAGCAGCUAUCGACCACGAUUUCACGGAUACCUCGGCUCACGCUACGACUACGAACCCACAAUUGAACAGCGCACAAUGGGCCGAUUGCUUCGUCCUGCAGCAAUGGCUGUUGGUCCGCCUAUGGGUCUGUUGCCUGACUCAUGAUCUGUUGGAUGUUGCAAGCACCUUGCCGUUCAUGAAGCCGUCCUUCGUGAUAGACCUGGCCAAUCAGGUCCUUGCCAAGUGUCAGCAGCUGGACAGGAGUCUUCUGGAAGUUCACGGCGCGGGUAUGGCGGAGCGACUUCAUGACAUCGCCAUGGGUGUCGUCAUGGCAAUCGAGUACUCUCGAGGCACAGCGCUCGAGUCAUCCACCGGUCCUGGUGUCACGACCCUGCAAGGAUUCUUUGAGCUACUUGAGCAGCUGCGAGAUGGCAACGAUUCGAUUAUCUCAGCUCUACGUGACGCAUACAGCUCAAUCCAGCCAAUCCCACACGAGAAUGGCUAG